AGCAGAGCUGUAACAGAGGGGUUAAUCAUGAUCCUUUCUUCUCUCUCUCUCUCUCUCUCUCUCUCUCUCUCUCUCUCACUCCGCCUUUCCUUAGUGUGAGGAAAUAGCAGAGCUCAGCACACUGUUGGCAUUUGCUUUCCAAUAAAAGCCACACUCGCCUCCUGCCUCCCUCCCAAGUAGAGCACAUGUUCCAGUAGUACUACAGAGGAGGACCUAGGAGGGGUGGGAAGAGUUGGAGGAGGAGGAGGAAGAGGAGGAGUUGUUCUUUAGAUGAAAGAGAGCCCCUUUGCAGGGCUCCAUGCCAUGUGGAUGGGCACAGCUCCACAUGCCCCAUUUAACAGCCACCUGCUUCUGAGCAUUGUUCAACCUGGAGGGAUCCUCAGAACUAGGAGGUAAACAGAGUUCUGUGGAGCCCACUUCUGGUGGUGCAGAAGCCCUGGGAUCCUCUGACCCCAAGCUUCCAGCUCCCUGUAGCUGGCCACCUGCACUUCAAACCCCAUCUAGUUGAUUUUGUGUGGAAGGAUUCCCAUCCAUCGCAGCCAUGAACUUCCUCCGGAGGCGGCUGUCUGACAGCAGCUUUGUGGCCAACCUGCCCAAUGGCUACAUGCCGGACCUGCAGCGCCCAGAGAGCUCCAGUAGCUCCCCGGCAUCCCCAGCCACAGAGAGGAGGCACCCCCAGCCCCUGGCUGCCUCCUUCUCAUCUCCAGGAUCCAGCUUGUUCAGCUCCUUCUCCAGUGCCAUGAAACAGACCCCACAGGCCCCCUCAGGGCUGAUGGAACCACCGACUCCUGUCACACCCGUGGUUCAGAGACCCAGGAUCUUGUUGGUGAUCGAUGACGCCCACACGGACUGGUCGAAGUAUUUUCAUGGGAAGAAAGUGAAUGGUGACAUUGAGAUCCGAGUGGAACAGGCUGAGUUCUCCGAGCUGAACCUGGCUGCUUAUGUUACUGGAGGCUGCAUGGUGGACAUGCAAGUUGUGAGAAAUGGCACCAAAAUUGUGCGGUCCUUCAAACCUGACUUCAUCCUGGUCCGACAGCAUGCCUACAGCAUGGCCCUGGCUGAGGACUACCGGAGCCUGGUCAUCGGCCUCCAGUAUGGAGGGCUUCCUGCUGUCAACUCUCUCUACUCCGUAUACAACUUCUGCAGCAAGCCUUGGGUGUUCUCUCAGCUCAUUAAGAUCUUCCAUUCCUUGGGCCCUGAGAAGUUUCCACUAGUGGAGCAAACAUUUUUCCCCAACCACAAGCCAAUGCUCACAGCCCCGAACUUCCCGGUGGUGAUCAAGCUGGGGCAUGCCCACGCUGGCAUGGGAAAGAUCAAAGUAGAAAACCAGCAUGACUACCAGGACAUCACCAGUGUGGUGGCCAUGGCCAAAACCUAUGCCACCACGGAGGCCUUUAUUGACUCCAAGUAUGACAUCCGCAUACAGAAGAUUGGAUCCAACUACAAGGCAUACAUGAGAACCUCCAUCUCUGGAAACUGGAAGGCCAAUACAGGCUCUGCUAUGCUGGAGCAGGUGGCCAUGACGGAAAGGUACAGGCUGUGGGUGGACAGCUGCUCAGAGAUGUUCGGCGGCCUAGACAUCUGUGCUGUCAAGGCUGUCCACAGUAAGGACGGCAGAGAUUAUAUCAUCGAGGUCAUGGACAGUUCAAUGCCCUUGAUUGGAGAACACGUGGAAGAGGAUAAACAGUUAAUGGCUGACCUUGUUGUCUCCAAGAUGAGCCAACUCCUGGUGCCAGGGGCCACGGUGCCCUCACCCUUGAGACCUUGGGGUCCACAGACCAAACCUGCAAAGUCUCCAGGGCAAGGCCAGCUAGGACCUCUGCUAGGACAACCCCAGCCAAGGCCACCUCCACAAGGGGGCCCUCGUCAGGCUCAGUCUCCUCAGCCUCCCAGGUCCAGAAGUCCAUCCCAACAGAGACUCUCCCCACAAGGCCAGCAGCCUGUGAGUCCCCAGUCAGGAUCUCCACAGCAGCAAAGGUCACCAGGCUCUCCACAGCUAUCGCGGGCAUCUGGUGGCAGUUCUCCAAACCAGGCCUCCAAGCCAAGUGCCAGCCUCAGUUCACAUAACCGGCCUCCUGUGCAGGGACGAAGCACCUCCCAGCAGGGUGAAGAGCCCCAAAAGCCAGUAUCGCCUCACCCCCACCUCAACAAAUCUCAGUCCCUGACUAAUAGCCUCAGCACGUCGGAUACCUCCCAUCGAGGGACCCCAAGUGAAGAUGAGGCCAAGGCUGAGACAAUCCGCAACCUGAGGAAGUCCUUUGCCAGCCUCUUCUCCGACUAGCCCCUCUCCAGGCUGGAGGACAGGCGGGCAGGAAGACUCAAUGACUGGAGCCUUUCUCUGGUUCCCUCCUUCUCAGACUUGGUUCCUGAUGGAAAUAUGCUUCCUAAAGACCCAGGAACUGGUGAUCUAUAUUCAUUCCCCCCUCCUUGGCCAUGACAUUCCAAUGCUGUCUGACUGAACGGUAGCCUUGAGAGCCCCUAGGUUCCUCAGCACGGGCCUUCUAGACAGACAAGGCAUCACUACAUCCACCAUACGCCUGCUUCCCUGCCGCCAGUACCAAGUGAGAUGUCUGUGUGGCUUGUUUUUGCAGUCUUAUUAGUAUUUUGCUUGCCUUUGGGCAGAGGCCCCCUUCUAGGCCUUGACUCACCUCAAUCAAAUGCAUACAUUGUAGUCGGACCUCAGCAACACAAGAGGCAAUACUUUUUAAUGGUGUUUUUGCAAACAGAAAUAGGGAAACCCAGCCUGGGAGCCCACUACUCACCUAAAGCAACCUAGUGCCAUCCUUGCUGGGAGUAGGUCAACAAAGGCCCCAUCACAGAUGGCCCUCAUGGUGAUCUUGAUGUUAACAGAAUGAAGCAAUACCCUAUGCAACAAGUGGGACCUUUCACAGCAGGACAGAGGAGCUGGGCAGUGGUGGCACACGCCUUUAAUUCCAGCACCUGAGAGGCAGAGGCAGGUGGAUUUCAAGUUCAAGGCCAGCCUAGUCUACAGAGUGAGUUCCAGGAUAGCCAGGGCUAUACAGAGAAACCCUGUCUCGGGGGAAAAAAAAGAAGAGGACAGAGGGAAACCCACAGAGCCAACAGCAGGAAUCCAGAAGAAAGAGCCUGUGUUCCCUGGGGAGAGAGUCACAGGAUUGUGCCUGUGUGACCUCACACAGAAUCUGUCCUUUUUCAUCCUUAAGGCUAGAUGGGAACCCAGAGAAAGUGGAUGACUCCCUGUUGCAGGAUCAGAAGAGACCGUGGUGGUUCAGCAUCUUACCUGCUCUGAAAAAGGAGUCAGUAGGUCACUCAGUUUACAGUGAGAGAGCCUUCAAAAACAGGCUGUGUGUUUUUCUUUAGGAGAUAUUGAAGCCUUUUGGAAUUUCUUCCAAAAAAAAGUUCCACUCCAACCUUGUUUCAGCAUACCCACGAUGACUACGAUAGUUUGCUGCAGAGCUAGGCAAAAUGGUCCUGAUUCCCUUUCCAGUGGUCUUUCCCCUGCACCAGAUGUCCUCCCAGGAUCACAUCACCAAGCACCUGGUGCUAGAAACAUUGUAGGUGCCAGAAGCAGCCUCCUGGUCCCAAGAAGACUGACCCAGGACAUCAGAACAGACCCGUGUUUCUCUAUACAGCUCCCAUGGCCACCUAAGGUGUGCCCCCCCGUACUGUAUGAGGGAGGGAAGUUAUUACCUGAAGCAGUUUCUGGUUAUGCUUGAGCUCUGCAUAGUGUCUGGUGAUCACCUGAAGCUUCCUUGGGCCUCCAGGAGCAUAGAAGUAGUCACUGCGGUUUCUGGGGAGUUUGUUUUUUUUUUGAAACAGUCUCACUCAGCAACUCAGGCUAGCAUAGAAUGUAUUAUGUAGCCCACACAAGUCUCAAACUCAGUGCUUCUCCUGCUUAAUCAGCCUCCCAAGUGCUGAGAUUACAUUUAUGAAGCACCAUGCCCAGCAAACAAUCCAUCACUGUUUGGUCCUCUCAGCCCAGACAUGAGUGGCAGAGACAAGGACAGAGACCUUGGUCCACUUAGAACCCCGCAUUUAUGCAGAAUGCACCUUCUGGCUGCUUUCCAGCAGGGAUCAGCUCAGUAUCAAAAGUGGUAGCUUUGCCACUGGCUGCUAGAGAUCCAGUUGGCCCUCAAGGUCAUCCCUUCUUCUUACCUCUUUCCUCUCUCUCGAACAAGUCAGUAUCGAGAGCAAGUGCACUAGAGUUGUUCCAGAAGCCCUCCUUGGCCUCCCUUUCCAUAUCCUUGGUUUGAAGUGGUAAGUUGCCGCUGUGAUGUAAAAUUAUGUAGGUCCAGUGACCACUGAGGCCAUAAUUUGGAGCUGGACAUACAGGACUUAGGCCUAAUUGAAAAUGACCAGAAUCAACAGUAAAUAGGCUGUGGUGUGAAGGAAGGAGUGAACUACUAAAAGCCUACAAGCCCUCCCAGUAUCAAGAAAACCCAACCUGUUUUAUUGCUAACUUCCAUGAAUUCAGUGUGAGAAGGACAAUCCCUGGGCAUGCCGACACCCAGCCUGCCCACAUCUUCCUCAUUUUACUCAACUGCUCUUCUCUCACAGGAUGAAGCUGCCAAAAGCUUCCAGAAUGCUUCUUGAGGCUAAUGGGGCAGGCCCAGCACAUGGUGAGACACAUGGCACAACUGUCAGUGCACUCUCCCUGGUAAGGAGAGGUCUUGAGGCCAGCACCCACAAGCCAUGUUUUAGGUAGGUUAUCCAAAGGAGAAAAAAGAUCAGUCUGUGAGUCAACAGAAUGUUGCUUCUUCCUCCUGCCCCUCCUCUGCUCUUGGCUCUUGCACCUUUCUCUAGAACCUCUGAAGAAAGAGAGGUGGAACCGAAGAAAGGAGUGUGGGAGGUAAGAUUUGAAAUAUCAAAAGAUAGUCUAUGAAGUGAGUUCUACAGAAGAGGAUGUGGAUGUUAGUGCCUGGCUAAUGACCAGAAUGAGUACAUUAAGACAUAAUAUCUUAAAGCCCA